AUGUGCCUGGCCGUGACACCCUCUCCAGCUGCAGUCAGAAGGUCAGGAAGAGAUGUGGGCCUCACAGAUCCAGACUUGGAGGCUUGCAUCCCGGUGUCGGCAGUGCUCCUGGAGACCCAGCCCCAGGGGGGACAGGUGCUUGCAGGGGAGCGUCUGGUCCUCGUCUGCUCCGUGGCUGAAGGCACAGGGGACACCACGUUCUUCUGGCACAGAGAGGACACGGGGGAGAGUGUGGGGAGCAAGCGCCAGCGUUCCCGGAGAGCAGAGCUGGAGAUCCCUGCUGUCGGGGAGAGCCAUGCGGGUCGCUACUACUGCACGGCGGACAAUGGCCACGGCCUGGCCCGCAGCGGGGCCCUGAACGUCACCGUCACAGUCCCAGCAUCCUGCCCCAUCCUCACCCUCAGGGCACCGGGACCUGGGACCCGGGCCACGGUGGGGGACGUGGUGGAGCUUCACUGCGAGGCCCACAGCGGCUCUCCCCUGAUCCAGUACCGGUUUUAUCACGAGGAUGUCACCCUGGGGAGCAGCUCGGCCCCCUCUGGAGGAGGAGCAUCCUUCAACCUCUCUCUGACCCCAGAACGUUCUGGAAACUACUCCUGUGAAGCCAACAAUGGCCUGGGGGCCCAGCGCAGCGAGGCGGUACCACUCAGCAUCACAGAUCCCUCAUCCAAAAUCCACUUGACAAAUGGUCCCCACCGCUGCGAAGGGCGGGUGGUGAUGGAACGGGACGGUAGCUGGGGCACCGUGUGUGAUGACGGCUGGGACAUGAAGGAUGUGGCCGUGGUGUGCCGGGAGCUGGUCUGCGGAGUGGCCAAGCACACCCCUGCAGGCCUGCUGUACCUGCCAUUGGCAGAGGAAGACCAGUCCGUGUUUCUUCAAGUGGCCCUUGCAACGGGACCGAGGAUGCUGGCUGAAUGUGAGCAGGUUGAGACCUUUGACUGUGAUCACAGUGUGGAUGCAGGUGCAGUGUGUGAAGCUCUUCUGAGGCCUCUCCCCGAAACAACUCUGCUCAUCAGAAUCGAUCCCAGAAUCGGAGGCAUGCUGGCUGGGGAAGAUCUGGGUGCUGUUUCUGACCUGGGAUUCCAAUGGGACACGGACCCUGGAAGGCGGGAGGGAAGUCGGAAAGACUCUGGGUCCAUCAAGGAAACCAGGCCACAAACCAUCAAGGACAGAGCUCCCUGAGGGCGGAGGUAAAGUCAAGAAAGCCUGGCACAGAUCCCAAAGCCUCCACAGCGCUUGUGCCUGGGUGGAGGCCGGUGGGACCACUUGCCCAAUCCCAGCCCCCGCUCUGGUGGAGCACCCCAAUCCCUCAGGCCGGGA